CCGGGGUGCGGAGCGGCGGCGGCGGGGUCUUCGCCCGGCCCAGAGGUGUGGGGCCUGCGGCUGUGUGGGGGAAAGAUCAUGUGCAGCUCCUAGCCAAACGUGGCUGGCUCGCAGCGCACGGGACGGAUGAGGCACCACCCAUCCAUCAUGUCCGACUGGAUGCUCCUCGGGCUGAUCGCAGUGCUGGUCGUGCUGCUGCUGCUCACCAUCUUUGCCUUCGCCGUCUACUCAGGGCUCUUCACAGAGGUGGUGGUGAGCGCUGGCUCGCCGCCCGUCGGCAGCAUCACACUGGCCUACAAGUUCCGGGUGGGCCCCUAUGGAGAGUCGGGGCAGCUCUUCACUGAUGGCUGCAGCAUCUCCUCGAAGCUUUGCUCCAUUGGUGUUUACUACGACAACCCGCACACGGUGUCUCCUGAGAAGUGCCGCUUUGCCAUCGGCCGAAUUCUGAGCGAGGGGGAUGCGAAGCCAUCAGAAGAGCAGAUCAGACGGUUCCAGAAGUAUGGCUUCAAAAUCUUCACCUUCCCCACGCCCAGCCACGUGGUCAUGGCAAGCUUCCCGUUCACCACACCUUUGUCCAUCCAUCUCGCAGUCAACCGUGUGCACCCAGCCCUGGACACCUACAUCAAGGGGAAGAUGAUUUCAGGAUCAGGACAAGCUGCAAGGUUUUCCCACCCAUCUUCACCAUCUCCCCUCCAGCACUGACACUGUGACUGCAUGCCGGUGCUGUGUGCCCAGCACUGCUGGAUCCUAGCUGAGUGCAGGUGGCACAGCACAGUCCCAGCCCCUCUGUGCCCCCUGUCCUGCCCGAGGGUCUCGAUGUCUGUGUGGGUGUAUUCAUCCCCUGCUGAUGGCUGGUUGUUGGUGGCUGCUCUGCAGUAAGGCUCGGCGAUAGCUGGCACCCCCCAGCUGCGUGUCAGAUCGCAUCACUUCAUGCAUUCACAGCAAUUUCUAUUUAAUGUAUGUUUUCAGCAACUGUCCUGUGAGUACGAGUGCCCCAAGCCUUCAGAAGGAGGCCCAAGAUGCAGCAUGUGUGAGGGCAGGGCAAAAGGGCUUUUUUUGGGGUCUUGUUCACCAUGCUACAUCCCUAAGCCUCUAUAUCCUCCCCUGACAUCCAAGGGGCUCUGUGCUGCCAUGCAAGCAGCCCCCCACACUGCACUGCCCACUCCAUGGGAGCUAGGAGCCCUGCUCCUCCUGCAGCUGGAGAGCUUGGAGGGCUUGUGUGGUACUGGCACCUCCCAACCCGUGUUGGGGUCAGCACUGUGCAGCCAGGUUCUGCCUCUAACCUGAUUCUGCAGAGCAGCGCGCUCCUCCUGUGCGGCUAAUGGAACAUAUGGGGAGCUGGGGCUCUGCGUCAUGUCUCCUGCCAUUCACAGCAGGCUUCCCAACUUUCCCACUUCUCUGGGGGAAAUUUGGCAGCCCCGGGCUGCUGCUCAUCUGCUGUCACUUUGCUGAGUGUCCUGGCGGGCGGAUAGCUGACCUGUGGCCGAGCGCUGAGCGCCCUUCACGUCGGAGGUUUGUUCAGGCACCUCCACCUCACUCACCCUUCCCCUGCUUUGCUUCUGCUGCAUGGGGGCAGGUGUAAAACUGCAGCUCUGAGGCAUCGCUGCUUUGAGCAGGAAAGAGGUUUUCUGGCCAGCUUUGCGCUCCAGUAAUCGCAGAGGCUCCCUGCCUCCACGCUUUGUCUGUCUCAUGUGUGAAAUCACCGUUUUAUCCCCACUUCUUGUUGACUCAGUGUGAACAUCGGCCAUGGAGCUCCCAAGAUGCAGCUGCAGCCACAUCUCAGCUGGGGCAGCGGCUUGUGUGGGAUGUGGGCUGCCAGUGGAUGAAGCUGCCAUACCCUUGUCCUGUGCUCUGGCGCUGCCAUCGCCUCUUCUUGAGGCUGGGGGCAGCUGGACCCUUGCUGGGGUGAGGAUGGGUGCUCUCAUGAGGCCUUUGUGGUCUGAAAUGCCCUGUCCCAGGCUGGGAGGUGUCUGGCUGCUCCUUGCUGUGACUGUGGGACAUCCUGGCAGUGUGAGGGACAUGUGGGAUGUACACAGUUGGUCUGCUGGGGCUGGCUGCGCAAGCUGUGGGGUUGGGGCAGCACCCAGGAGCAUCUGAGCCAGCUCAUCCCCAGCUCCAGCCCUGGAGAGACCGCAACCUGGAAGACAGAGCUUUGUGGCUGCUCUGUCCUGUGCUGUUGCACAACGCUCCUCAGGUGGGCAUUGUUACACCCCCAGAAGGGAGCAGAGCAGAAGCUGCCAUGCUUUCCUAGUUGCAGCUUUGCAAACUUCAGCUUUGCAGCCUUGUGAAGACUUAGCCAUGCAAAACUGUCACACAGACGGAUCCACUCAGGCACAAAGAUCCGUUCCUCCAUCGCCUUUGCAGUGAGGAUUAAUGAUCAUGGACAAAGGCAGGGAUAUUUCACGUGGCUGUCCAAGAGAGAGAGAGCACUGAAAUGCUUGCUUUGGGCAAGGAGGGAGAGUAAAAUACUACAGUGCUUUUCUGUCAGAUCUCUUCAUGGACUCAAUCUGUACGUGUGCUUUCCCCAGAAUGUAUUUAUAGAGCAUCCCGGAGGAUGCAGUCAACUCCUCAUCAGGCAUUUGAGGUGGCUUCAGCUCUCUCGGGCAGUGACACCGUCCCAGGCCUUUGGGCCUUCCCUCCUCGCCAGCUUGUCAAUUAAUCCUUGGGUCUGUCUCUCCACAAUUAUUUUAGCAGAGGCCUAAUGAGUUUCUCCUGGGCUGCUCUUCCCCAUACCCCUCUGAGCCUUUGCCAGCUGUGCCGGCCUCGUGAAACAGCAAAACGAGCCUGAACAAAUGGGAAACUGCAGCUUAGAAAUCCUCCUCCUUCCCAGCCAACGCCGGCUGCCCCACUUUCCAUCGCUGUGAAGCUCCUGCUUUGAAACCCGCAGAGCAGCGAGAUAAUAGACUUGAAAGUAAUGGCAUUUUUAUGUCCAGAAAAAGUACAGUUGUGCUGUGACUAACUUAAAAUUUUUCAGUCCUGGUUAGAUAUAAAAUGUUGGGGGAGAGAAGACAUCGCAUCGUGCUUUCCUGUUGGGUCAAGAUGCGGGUCUGGUGGCUGCUGGGAUGGCCAGGGGUGUCUGCACGGGGCCAAAUCCAGUCCUGCUGUCACGACUGCUGCAGGCUUUGGGGCACACCGGGCAGCCCCGGUACCAAGACUCCUUUGGUUCUGUUGCUGUCCAAGCACAUGGCAGCUCAUUGCAGCCUCUGCUCCAGCCGGACCAGGGCAGCUUAGAACACAACAGAGACGGGCAGCUGGCACCUCUUCUCUUUGCCCUGCUGCAUGGAGCAAGAUGUUCUGUCCUGCUGCCAUACCACAGUGGGCUGAAGAGAUGGCUGCACCAUGGGCUUCAGCUCAAAGGUGAGCCAUAUUCAAUUGCCCUGAGCUGGCUUCUCUCAUCACCUCUUCUGCCACGUUUGGCUUGAUCAGAGGAGCCUGUUAGCCCCAGUGGGCAAGCCAUCAUAGUGACGAGCCAGAAACAGACAAACAGUUCUGGAGUUACAUGGAGCAGACUGUAGGUACAGCUUUUGGGAUAGGAAAAACAUGGCCAGUUUCUCCAUAUCUCAUCUCCUAAAAGUCAGCAGUGAGAAGGGUAGUGAAGACUGUCAUUUUCUGGUACAUGUUAUGAUUGCUGCCAGGUGCUUGCUGUGGGGCUGCUAUGGGCCCACUCCCAUGGUGGGCACCAAUGUUUUUUCCCUGGCCAGGCACUCUUGGCUAGGAUUUAUGUCUGCCAGGAGCUGAUGACAGCUCCUUCACAUGCUGAAAGGUGGAUAUCCAUCAUCUGCUGAGGCCAGCUGCUCUGCUGUUCAUGCCGUGUGGACUCACAGUUUGGGGUGAGAUCUGAUAACCAGACUGUGAGUUGGCAAAAGCUCAUCAAGAGGUUGGUGUGGGAGACAGGUUUGCUCUGGUAUCUCUGUGCUGACCGGCUCAGGAGAUGGACCCAUGUUGCUGCAGGACCUGCCCACUGUGUUCCCUUGCCUGUGGGAGUGCUGGGGAAGUGCAGGAGGGGAGCAGGCUCUUGGAAGGGCAAAAUCUGGCUGGGCUCUGUGCUGUUUCCUAAUCUCUCUGUUUUCAUCUGAUUGAUCUGUACAGUCAAAGCUGUGAUCCUGGACUGGCAGAAGAGAAGUUUCCAGACUGCAGGGGCCACCAAAGCAACUGCCGCCCUCCUUUCCUGCUGCCUGCGGCUGCUGGAAAGCUGGGCUUUGGGGUUGCAGGGUGUGUGAGCCUCUUCCCUCCUGCCUGCCCGCCCACAUGCCCUGGUACCACGGCGCUUGGCAGUGCUCACCCCUCCCAGAUCAUACUACAGCCCUAGUGAGACGUGGCUGCCGGGGAGGAGGAGGAAGAGCAGGAGUGUGAUGGGAGGGCUGUCAGCACGCCCAGCUGCCAAAAUAGUGCUGUAUCUAUGAUUAUUUAUUUCAUUAUUAUACCUGGGCAUGGAAGAGGCAAGAGGCUGGGAUCACUGUCACAGCCCAGGUCUCAGUUUUCCUCCCUGGGCUCCACACCCACCUUGGGCUGUGCAAAGCCAGCCUGACUCACUGGCAUGACUAUCACUGCCCAGUGCUGCUUGUUGGCUGCCCUUGGCUCCUCUCCACCCUACCUCUGCCUGAGUUUCCAGCACCUGGCUCUGUCUCUGUGCCUUUUCCUGUCAGCCAGUAGCACUGCCUGCCUCAAGGAUGCCCUGGGGCAAGUUGUGAAUGUGGCCAGCGACUCUGGGGUUCUGCUAGCUGAUCUCUUCUGCUCAUUGCACUGGAACUUGCUGGGAUCACCAACUCUCUCCUGUUGGCCUCCAGAUCGUCAGCUUUUUGGGAAGAGAUAUAAGCUCUUGGACAGGGCUCCUGGAGCCCUGCAGGGAAACGUCUCUCUUGUUUGCUUAUGCAGGCUGAUAAAAAUCCAGAAAGGAGCUUGUCCUGGAGUUUUGGCUUGCUUUAAAACACCAGUUCUAAAACAGGAGACAUCUGUCACCGGGGCGAGCAUCCUGCCACCUCGAGCUGUGGGUGAUCCCUGUCAGCUGUGCCCAGCUCAAGCACAGAGCAGGAGGUUGGGCAGCCUUCCUCUGCCUCUGGCUGCAUCUGCCAGGCAGCAGGAAGAGCCUCCUGCCUCAGGGAUGCACCUCACACCGAUGGGUCUGAGAGAGAUGUGCUGGGGACAGGCUGGUGGACAAUCAGGAUCAUCUUACCUUCUGCUCUGCAAGCCAGGCUAGAAACUGGCUGAUCUUCCUCUGUGGUAGCAUUUCUUGUCUUCUAAAUUAGGCUGAUGUGAAUUUCUUGUCAGUGGGGAGGGAAAGACUUGUUUCGUUCACCAAGAGCCUGUUUGGGAAUUGGACACUCUGUGCUGGUGGCUGGGUCUGCACAAGUUCAGCAAGGUGAAGUCCUCAAACAGUCUCCUUCUCAGUGUUCUCAUCUGUGAAGGAGUGGUGUGAGGCUGACUGACUUCAGCUCAUCAUGAAAUGUCUUCUGUCAGAGCCAGGAGUGUUGCAAAAAGAUGAGGUUGUUCCGAGGAAGGACAGGAGGGUCUUUAUCCCAUUGUGCCAUUUUCUCUCCAGAGUUGUGAAUGUGGUACACGUCCUGAAUGUGUCCUGGUGACACCAAGGUGUGGAAGAGCAGCUGGGGAUGCACACCCUCCAGAAAACCUGUGGAGCUCUGAGAUUCAGAGAAGACAGCCCAGAUCUGAGCUCUGGUGACUGAAAUCUCCUGUGUCCGUGGGCAGCAGCAAGGCACGGUUGGGAGCUCGUGCUCCCAAAACAUCACUGGGGCUCUAGUUUUAAACUGAAAGAGUUUCAUCAGAGAUGUGAGAGGACUGAAAAUGGCACCAUUAUUUGUGAUGUGGAAGGGCAAACACUCAAAUGUCAAAUCUGAAAUCCAUGUGGGUUGGUACCAGUAUCCACCUUGGCUCUCCAGGCUCUCAGCUGUGAGAGGUCUUUCCCCACAAGAAACUAGGAUCUGCUGGGCAUCCCAUGGCUGAUGUAUUGCUGUGCUGUAGGUUUGUCUCAGCCUAGUCAAGAAUGCACGGUUCAGAGUGGCUCCUUUUCACCACAUAAUGCCCCAUGUAAGGUAGGAGACUCCAGCAAUGAAUCCCUUCCCAGCCAGGUGCUUUAAGGCUCUGCCUUGACGCAAGGCAGAGAAAUUGCCACAGCUGCUGCUCCUGGCAGCCUUGCCAAGGCAACAGAGCAAAGCAAUUUAGCACUGCUCCAGUCAUCCGUGAUGGCAGAGAUCAUCGCGUCGACCUCUUCUUCGGCUUUGUGAUUAAUGCUGAAAAAGCAGCCUCUGAGGGCUGAAAGGCGAGCGCUGGUCCCUGGAGAGCCGUGCUGCAGCGUGGAGGCAGCACCUCCAGCUGUGGUCCUGGCCUCCUGUGGGCUCCUCUGCACCUUGGGGCUGUGUGCUCUGCAGCAAUGAAGGUAAUGGGAAUGGGAGCAGGAAUCCAAAGCUUGUUUGUCGAGUGAGAAGAAGUUAUGUGGCUUUAUGCAGAUUCCUUGUCAUAUAAUGAAAACCUGGUGUUUGAGCUUUCCAGUGGUUACACCCAAAGUCCCCUUCGGAAAGCUGCUAUGUGGAAGUGAUGGGGAGAAAGACAGGUAGGAAGGGUUGUGGUCCGGACAGCUGAGCUGGAGUGAGAGGAAUGUGAAUCACAAAGCAGAGCACCAGCAAGCUGUGGAGAAAUGGCUCCCAUCGCUGGGACAAGGCAGAAUGGGUUGGCAGUGAGUGUUAGGGAGCUGGGGAAGAAAACUUAUUUCAAAUGCAACGCUUGCUUUGUUUCUGAAACUCUCUGCUCCAGGACUAGUUGCUACCAAUACCCACGAUGCUGGGAGGACCCCAUUGCUGUGAAUUAUGUGCUCUGUCUGCUGUUCCUUCUGUUGGUGAAGGUCCUAUGGUGGGGAGCAUGAGAUAUGUCCCUGACAGCACAGGGAUGCACACACCAGCUCUCUCUUGGUCUCUUCUCUGCAGGUGGAGUUACUGCUGACCGCGCUGCAGGGUUUUUCCUGCAGGUGCUGUGUGAGCAGGGGAGAAGAGGUCCUGAGCAUGUCUGUGUGGCAAGGCUGGAGGAGGGCAGAAUUGAAAUUUCCAUGUCCAUCCUGCAGAAGAGCAUCCAUGGCUCCAUGCUGCUCCCAGCAGCUCCCAGCCUCCCUGGGAAGCUGUUUCCUGCAUCUCAAGGUUCACAGCCCGCUGGGGAUCGGUCCCACGGCUCAGCCACACCAACACCAGCCUCUUCCCAGCUCCUCAGCCCCCAGAGGCGCCAGGAGGGCGAGGUGUAAAUUGCAUGACAGGCUGCCUCUGCAGAGGUGAAAAUGAAAAACUCUCCCUUUGCUCAAGCUGGGCGUUUCGCAGCUCCCACAGCCCACGUUUUUCUUGGUCACAGUAUCAUCUUCUGUUUGUGCAAUGCCUUGCAGCUCAAAGAGCUUUGAAGGGAAGAAGCAAGCAGAGCUGUCUCAGUAUUGUGGGCAGGUGGCUGUGUCCCAUUGAGGAGCUAUGUCCCAGAACUGUGUAGCUGAGGCUGGUGGAGACUUCUGGGGUCACCUGGUGUCACCUCUGCUCCACGGGGCCACCCAGAGCAGCUGGCCCUGCCCCCUGUCCACAUCUCCACGUUAUGCCCACCAUCUCUCAGCCUGUCUGUGGGUACCACUGGUGGAGCCUUGUCCUCUCUGCGCCUCCUCGCAGGUCUAUGUGGACACUGACAGAGCCCAGUCUUGUCCCACUGAGGAGUGCUGCCCUGCAGUGCCAGGAGCAGUGCAGGCCUGGUGGCAGAGUGCUCCUGGUGUGAGCUAAGGCGGGAUGACACACUGAGCGUGGGGCGUGCAAGGAGAGGAGGAGGAUGUGGCACACAGCACCGUCCCUGCAGGGCUGGCUGGUGGCUCACUUUCAGCUUGCUGAGCUCCAGCUCUAAUUUUAGUGCCUGAUUUUCAGUUCCACGCAAUUGGGGCUCUUUGUGUCUGGGUUUGUAUUGUACGUACCCCCAAGGUGGGACAGUGGGUUGGCUCUGUGUGAAGCAGAAGAUUGGUGUAUCUGGAACGGACGUACGUGUCAACAUCAAACCCAUGGACUCUGGAAGCAUUGGUCUGUGCAGUAUGUGUGGCUUGUAUGGAUCAUAUGCAGUAAUCACAGAUUACUUGGGUUGGAAGGGACCUCACAGCCCCCACCCCUGCCGUGGGCUGCCUGCCCCCCAGCUCAGGCUGCCCAGGGCCCCUCCAUGGCCUGGGGGACCUCCAGGGAUGGGAGGAGCUAUGAGCAGCUAUGUCAGCACCUCACCAUCCUCUGAGCAAAGAACGUCUUCCUAAAUCUGAUGCAUUCCUCCCCCAAAGGUGAUACGUCAGAUCCCCAAGAAGGGCAGAAAGGAGCUGUGAGUAGUGCAGGAAGGGUGAGCUCGCCGUCGGUGCCACACGACCUUGGGAAGAGGCGAGUCCCCGCUCUGCCCCACUUACUGUGCUCCUGCUGCCCUGCCAGAAGCCUGCCUGCUGCCUCCCGCUGGUGGCACCUUGCUGAGCUCCUCCACCCAUGUGAGCCUGCAUUUCAUCUGCCUUGAGGGCUCUGUGUCCACCUUGCUGCUCCAUCUGUUGGCCUCACACCAGCCGGGGGGCUUCCUUCUCAGCCGCAAAGCCCUCUAUUGCCUGUUGAGCUCCUCUGUUGUUUUGCCACGUUGUUGAGUUUUCACCAGUUCACUUCCCACUCGUGCCUUUGCCUUUGGACUCAGGGUGCUCCCUGGUUUUUUUGGGACCCUUGUUUUCAGGAUGGCCACACAGCCUGGUUGGCUGGUUGUUCUGGGCUGCAGCAGCAGCAGCAGGGGCUGGCACCACUGUUCUGGAUUGCAACUUGAUUUGCAAAAGCAUAAAUUAGGCAGCUGGGAAAGGAGUAAGCUCAUCCUGCCUGUUUAUAGUGGUGAGGGCAGAGUGCUGCCAGUGUCCCCUGCCCCAGACCCCUGGAACUCAGCCCUUGGAGCUGGCUGGGCAUCCCAGUGUCCAUCCCACGUGCCAGCUUUGCCAUUCCUCCGAGGCACAGCACCGGUGUUCCCAGUGUCUGUUUGACUGCCACCCAGCAUGGGCAGAGAUUUCCCUCCAGCUGGUUUAGGAGAAAUUGGGUGAAUUGGGAAGAAAUCAAGUAUUGGGCAUCCUUGGUGUCCUGAGGCCUGCCCUCAGCCCUGAGGCUUUAGGCUGCUCGGAAAAUGGACUCAGUAGGGUUCUCUUUGCUCUGAGAUCCUUUGUGUCGUCCCCGUCUGUGUUAAGUGGUGGGGGGGCAGCUGGAUGCAUCCAAGAAACCUGUGAAUCUUGGAAAUAUCCGUCUCGGGUAUGUGUUGGAGUUACUGGAAAUAGCAAAACGAGCUGAAGUUGGGCUUGUGGUUGGUGGAGCAAGGGGCAGAGUGGUGGGGAGGAUGCUUGCCUGGCUUGUUGCUUAAAAAGCAAGAGUGAGAUGAGCCGCCCCUGCUCUGUUGCUAAAAACAGCCCAGCUUGCUUUUAUUUAACACAGUGCUGAUCUGCGUGUGUUUGCAUUUCACCUGCCUGCAAGUGGGAGCUCCGGGCUGUGAGCACUGGGAUGCCGGCCUGUGCUGCUGGUGCUGGAGCUCCUGAAAUAAGAAAAGG